ACGACAGAAAUUCCCUCAACAACAACUGAGGGAACAACAGCCAAGUCUACAGAAACAACAACAUCAGAAGGAACAACAGUAAAGAUUUCAACAACAAAGCCACCUAAAGAAGUCACCACUGGCCCUGUAACAACCUCUACCACAGCUGUUGUUGAAACUACGACCUCAGUGUCAGCUUUCACAACAACAAGUCCUGAAACAACAGUUGUAACAUCAAAACCUUCUGUUGUUUUUUCCACACCAACACUAUUAACCACAACAACAACAUGUGUCUGCAUUGUCAAUGGGACUUCACACCAUCCUGGGGAUAUGGUGUACAAUGUCACUGAUGGCUUAGGGUGGUGUUACUUUGCAUAUUGCAAUGCAUCUUGUAAAGUUGAGACGCAAUCCAGUCCAUGUCCCACCACACCGAUACCCAGCACAACCGCACCUUCUACCACUGCAGGGUUUGGCACCACUACGCAGGCCACAAUUUCUUCCACCACAACUGUUCCAAUCCCUUCUUCCACUGCAUCAACAACCUCAUCUACUACGUUGGACUGCACUGAUGUGAAUCCACCAAGAAAGAAUGGAGAGUCCUGGAAGUUUAGCAACUGCACCACAGCAACCUGCACCAAUGGCAAAAUCACAGAGACACGUAAUCCAUGUGCCACAGUACAACAACCCAUAUGUGCCAAUGGACGCAAAGAGGUCCAAGUCUACGAUGAUAACGGAUGCUGCUUCCACUAUGAAUGUGAAUGUGUGUGCAGUGGCUGGGCUGGAUCCCACUACAUGACUUUCGAUGGAAAAUCAUACAGUUUCAACAAGAACUGCUCUUACUACCUGGUCAAAGAGAUUAUUGCUAAAUACAACCUGACUAUUAUAGUAAAUAAACGUGACUGUGAGCCUUCUGACGUCACAUUCUGUCCCCAGACUCUCACUGUUACAUACCUAUCGUACACGGUAGUUUUGACUCAGUUGGAGACUUCAGGAACAGUAGUGAAUGUGGUCUAUAUGAAUCACAAACGUAUCUUUCCCGCCUACAGUAAUCCUGUCCUAUACAUCAAAAGCACAGAUAUGGUGAUCACAUUGGUGAUACCGGAGAUCGACACAAAAGUGGUCUACAGGGGCUCCUCAUUCAGCAUUGACCUUCCUUAUACCCUCUUUGGUGGGAACACUGAGGGACAGUGUGGGACCUGUGAUAACUCCCAGAACAAUGACUGUCGUUCUCCAAACGGCCAGGUGGAAAGCUGCUCAGACUCUGCAGGCCAGUGGCAUAUCCCAGGCACACCCUGUGUCAUCCCCACAACCCCACCAACUACUACGACAGCACCCAGGACCACCUCAACAACACAGCCCACUUGCAAACCUGCAAUUUGUGAUCUCUUAACCAGCAGUGUUUUUGAGCCAUGCCACACAGUCAUAUUCCCAGGACCAUUUGUCACAUCCUGUGUGUCUGACAAUUGCUACAGUGGCAAUAAGACCUGCUCCAGCCUGGAGGCCUACGCCACUGAGUGCUCUAAUGCAGGAGUCUGUAUCGACUGGAGGAAUGAAACCAAUGGGCUUUGUGAGCACAAGUGUCCAAGUAACAAAGUGUACGAGGCCUGUGGCUCCACUGUAGAGCCGACAUGCAAUGACAGAUACAACAAAAAGUUCCAGGCAGAUAGCGAGGCAUCCACUAUCGACACCAAGGAGGGCUGCUUCUGUCCUCCUGGCACCACCUUAUUCAACACAGUCUAUGACAUGUGUGUCACCUCCUGUGAUUGUGUUGGACCUAAUGGACAACCAAAGCAGCCUGGUGACACAUGGACAAGUGACUGCAAUACCUGUGUGUGUGACAUGGAUUCCAUGAGCAUCCAGUGUGAGCCUGUUCAAUGCCCAACAGUACAGAGCCCCAUCUGCAGUGGAGCAGGCCAGCAGCUGGUCAACCACACAGAGGGCUGCUGCUCGACACAGUCCUGUGAGUGCAACAUAAACCUGUGUCCAGCUCCUCUCACCUGCCCGCUGGGCUUCCAACUCAACGUCACCAACAGCAGCUGCUGCCAAUCCUACGAGUGUGUUCCUAAAGGUGUAUGUGUGUAUGACAUGAAUGAGUACAAGCCUGGUGCCAAGAUACCAACACCAGGAACACCAUCAGAACCACCACUGGCAGCACCAUCAGGACCAGAACAAGCAUCAAGAACAACAUCAGCACCAUCAGGAACAUCGGGACCGAUAUUAGAAGAGUUUUUUAUACCCAAGCCCUGCCAGGAGUGUUACUGUAGCCCCAAAAGGGAUCCCAUCACCAAGCUGAACAUCAUUACCUGCAAACCUAUUGUCUGCAACACAAAGUGCUUUGAAGGUUAUGAAUAUCAGACUGUACCUGACAAGUGCUGCGGGACGUGUGUUCAGAAGAGCUGUAUUUUCACCACACCUGACAACACAACACAUAUCAUUGAGGUCAACAACACCUUUGUACCCACUAUUGACAAGUGUGUGCAAUAUACCUGUGAGAAGAUCAAUGGACAGCAUGUUACCAAGGAGACCAAGACCACUUGUCCUCCCUUUAACCCCUUGGACUGUGAACCUGGCACCGAGACUACUGACGCUAAUGGAUGCUGCAACACCUGCAAGCUGCAGAGCCUCUGUGAGGUCCAGAGUAAGCAAGCAGUCAUGGAAGUGAGCGGCUGUGCAAGCCUGCAGCCGGUCAACAUGACGUCCUGCGCUGGACACUGUGGAAGCUCGGCCAUAUAUUCUGCAGCGGCUAACAUGAUGACGCACCAGUGUGAGUGUUGCCAAGAGGCCACCACCAGUAAGAAGGAGGUGGUGCUGACCUGUGCCGACGGCUCCAAGGUCCAGCACAGCUACACUGCAGUGGAGACAUGCCGCUGCAGCAAAGCGUGUGGCGGGAACAACGUCUAAACUGCACCCCGGCAGGAGACCCGAUCAAUAACUGCUGUACACUGGACUGAAACCUUUCAAACACUAUGCAGGACCUAACCUUAGGCCUUCUUACUCUUGUCAGGUUUUAUUAUUUAUAGCUAAACAUGUGCUCUUUUCCAGUGUCACAACAUACUACUGUGAU